AGACAGAGCCUCUAAGACCAUUGCAAACAGCCCAGCCAGCUCGCUGAGUCGCAGCAUCGAAGCCCAGCAUCGAAGCCCCUUUCACCCAGCCGAGAAAAGCCGGUCGCGAUGGCGACACCCAGAGGAAUGAGAUCCAAGUCCAUUGGUCAUUACAUCCUGGGAAAGACCAUCGGUGAAGGGACCUUUGGCAAAGUGAAGCUGGGCACCCACAUCCUCACGGGCGAGAAGGUGGCCGUGAAAAUCUUGGAGAAAGAGAGGAUUGUUGAUGUGGCGGAUGUGGAGCGCGUGGCGCGCGAGAUCCACAUUCUCAAGCUGGUGCAACAUCCCCACAUCAUUCAGCUCUACGAGAUCAUUGAGACGCCGAGACAGCUGUAUCUCAUCAUGGAGUUCUGCUGUGGUGGAGAACUCUUCGACUACAUCGUGGCGCAAAACCGCGUGAAGGAGAGCGAGGCAGCGCGCUUCGUGCACCAGAUCAUGGCGGGUGUCGAGCAGAUCCACCGGAUGAACGUCGUGCACCGGGAUUUGAAGCCAGAGAAUCUUCUGCUGGAUGAGCAGAAGAACAUCAAGAUCGUGGAUUUUGGUCUCAGCAAUACCUACCAGGAUGGUCAGCUCCUGAAAACGGCUUGUGGCUCACCCUGUUACGCAGCCCCGGAGAUGGUGGCAGGUCAACGAUACGUGCCAUCGCGCUGCGACGUGUGGAGCUGUGGCGUGAUCCUCUUUGCCCUCGUCUGCGGCUACUUGCCCUUUGAGGAUCAAAACACAUCGGCUUUGUACCGAAAGAUCCUCAACGCAGACUACCAGGCGCCCAAAUUUAUCUCCGAAGGUGUUCGGGAUCUCAUUUCCAGGAUGCUGAAUACGGACCCCGAGACUCGUUAUACGAUCUCCAAGAUCAGAACUCAUCCAUGGUAUCGGCAGAUUCCGGAAGCUGCCCUCCCGGCGUCUGCAGGCCCUGGAAGCAAAGUCCUUGAGGAAGAUGUGUUGGAUCAGCUCGAUCGCUUUGGCUUCCCCAGAGACUACGCUGCCAAGUGCUUGGAGAUGGGAAAGCACAACCAUGUCACCACCACGUACCACCUCUUCGUGGAGAAGAAGAAGCGCUCCGGCGGCUUCUUAAAGACCAUGGAUCAACGCACCCACGCGGGCUUCGAGGGCGCGCUGGAGCAUGAGAUGGAACUGCCGGCGGAGCGCGGCGAAACGCCCCCGCCCUUCCAGGGGAAAGCAGGAUCUGAGGCGACCACCGUGGGCGUUCCCGAUGCGGACCGCGCGGCCGGCGGCACCGACGCCGAAACGCGGCGGAAGACGCCGGAGCCGAACUACGGGAACUGGGCCUUUCCGGGACAGAUGCCGCACCCGCGCACGCCGCCGCAUGCCAAGCGGAGUGCACGAGAGGCGAGCGAGGCCUCGACCCACGCGGAGCCGCCAUCACACGCACCGCUGUCAGAAUUGGCGCAAGGACGAGCUCCCGGCAGCCGGCAGGGCAGUCGUGGCGCGGAGCGGCGAGACCUGUCUGGUGCAGAUCGACGGAAGGCCCCAACGCCUCGAAGCAUGCCUCCAGCAGGUACUCCCACGCCAGGCGCUGGCCGCAGCAGCACCCCCAGCCGGGGGCGGCCGCCGCAAGGUUUGGAGUUGUACAGCGCCCGCGAGAGCAGUCGACCAGGCACAUCGCAGGGAAACGCUCCAGCCAGACCGAACGGCCCCAUGUCCUCACGUGCUCAAUAUGUCAAUGAGGCCAGGAGGAGGCAGUACACCGGCACUCCAGAGGUGGCAGCUCCAUCCUUAGCUCCAGUGAGCGCGCGGGGGGCCAACAGCAGCGGCCGGGGUGGCUUCCCCAGACCCGCCGAGGGCGCGGCCGCCACCGCCGCGUCGGUGGCGGCGGACCUCUUCGGCGGCCAGGCUUGGGCCACCGUGACGUCUGCCACAGCAGCCACGACGGAUGCACUUCACAGUGAACGCGGAGGCGGCGCCAAGGAUCGAGACGAAUCGAUGCGCACGUGUCGAGGGGCGUUCAAUGUUGCCUGCACCUCGUCCAAAGCUCCGAGGCAAAUCAUGCAGGAGAUUCACAAGGCGCUCACGGUCCAGAGAGUGGCCUUCAAACAGGCCAACGCAUUUCUUGUUCGCUGCCAGAAGCAAAGUCUUCGCUUUGAAAUGGAGAUCUCUCACCUCGAUCAUUUGGAAUCGAUUCAUGUGGUACGCUUCCGACGCGCUGCUGGGGAGCAAACGGUCUACAAGGAGCUUUGCUCCAAAGUCCUUGCAGAAAUGAAGCUUUAAGAGUCCGGCAUUCUCUCUUUUCAGAGGAAGAAACACCAGCUGCUGCACCACCAGGCCCGAGGUACACCCGGACACCUGGUUUGAAGGCCAUCCCGGAUCAAACAUCUACCUGGACCUUCAAGGGGUGUCCAAUGGACAGCAUAUUUUGGAACUGCAC